UGAAUCCUCGUCGAGCCGUAACAUAUAGCAGGCUCUCCGGAUCCUAGACGGGCCCGAACAAUUCCGGAGUUGUGCUACCAUUCCAGAGGCGCUUCUGCCUACCAGGGUAUUUUAUAUUUAAAUAGCCAGGCUGGGCCUUUCUUACGGCUUCAACUAAAAACAGCUCCUCUCGUCCAACCCCGCUAUUGACACAGAGAGACAACAAUUUAUCAUUGCUCGCAUUAUGUCAGCCAUACGAUACCACACCCAUCCAGCUUCACUCUGGGAAUAUGCGACGAACACCGAGCCACAUUCACAAGGCUCGUCGCAGUUUCCGUGCCUGGAUCCCAGCGGCAAUGCUCGCAACGAAGCCAACGAUGGCUACUGCCCAUGGCCAGGAGCAUGGGGCUGCCCACCCGGCCUUCCAUUCUCACCGCAAAGCCGACAGGAUUUUUUCAAUCAACACCGCAACCUCGCAUCCGCUGAGCAAGAAGCAGGUCAUGAAGAUGACCAGGUAAAAGAACAGGCACCCAACGAAGGCCAGCCAGAACCUCGUGGACCACCACCACCAUUCACAGAGCAGCCUCACCCUUGGCAACGGCCUCAUGACAGACGUCGCGACUUUCGUGAACAUGGAUUAGGCAACCAGGCCCGCGAUCAAUACGGCCUAGGACCCGGCGGCAGUUUCAAUCCUGCAAACCGGUGGGCACUUAUGAAUGGGUUCGGACCAACGUCCGGAAUGCCUGGUGGUUUCGGACCAUGGGGAUGGCCGGGAAACAACUUUGGCGGCUUCGGGCACUGGAAUAGCUUUAGACCCAUGGGUGGUGCGAGCCCCUGGGGAGUUGCACCUGCGGGUGCAUUUGGGCCAUGGGGUAACUUUGCACCAUGGGCACGGUUUGGCUCUUUCGGUAACUCCAACCCGAUGCCACAGGGAGGUUCUAGCCCCCUGAACCCGUUUGGGUUUGAGGAUGGGAUGACCAGAGACCGGGUAGGUGAGUCCAAGCCCCAGGUUGAUGUUUUCGACACACCUGAAAGCUAUGUCGUCUGCCUUUCGCUCCCUGGUGCAAGGAAAGAAGACAUCGAGGUGACCUGGGACUCGAAAAAAUAUGAGCUCAAUAUUGCUGGCUCCAUGCAGCGACCCGGGGACGAACAAUCCGCGAACAAAGAGUCAGGGCAGAACAAGAAUAAGGUGGGCACCUUUGAGGAGAGAGUACGCUUAGGAAGCCGUGCCAACUCAAGCCAGAUCGAUACCGAUAUGAUCACCGCCAGGAUGGAGGGCGGAGUUCUCAUCAUCAACGCCCCGAAGCUCGACUCUGGAUUUGUUGAAAUCAAGAAGGUCGACAUUGAGUAAAGAGGGUUGUAGAGGAAGGGCACGGUGUCAUGGUAUCAAACCAUGCAAACAAUGAAUACUAGAUAGCUUAAUACAACGAGAAAUGCCUUAAUAAUGAGCAAAAGCACAUGAUUAGUAACGUCCGAGCGGAGAGGCUGCUGAUUGGCCACGGGCUGCGUGAUUUGCG